AUGCUGCAUUUAAAUUCGUUAUCCUCGAGUCAAAAGACGCAAAUUAGAAAUGCAUUCACCAUAAUAGACGGAGAAUCAAGAGACGAGACUAUUACAAUAUCGGAUCUCAAGGAAGUGUAUUCUUCUAUGGGCAUUAAAGUGCCGACAGAGUCACAACUUAAAACCAUGUUGACUAUUGAUGGGGCUGAUCAUUCUGAAAAAGGAAUUACUUUUGCCCAGUUUCUGAACAUAUUGGCGAAAGAGAUGCUGCGGCUAGAAGGAAAAUCCAUCAUUUAUGAAGCUCUACAAGUAUACCUGGCUACAACAACGACAAAACAAGACAAUCAAAAACAGUUUAAAGAUGAAUUACAGAUUGAUGUAGAUAAGCUCAAAGAUGCUUGCUGCUCAGUGCAAAUCGACUCCGCCGACGGAAGCACGAAAUUAAGUCGCCAAAGUUUUGAUACAUUGGUCGAAGGCUUUAUACUGGAAACCAUGGAUGGAAAACGCAUUUUUUUGGCUGCCAAGUGGAUCGAUGCAUAUUUCGAAUAA